AAUUUUUGUUGUCGCAGUUUGAUGACGACGUAGUGAACCUUAGUGACCGUGAGCUGUUUGACAUGUUGGACGGAAAGGAAGCGUGCUGACAACAAAAAUGAUGAAUUUAGCCGCUUUAGUGAACAGCCUCAGAUGCUCUUUGCUACACAUUGAAAGCAGACUUCUGCAGACGGCCGGACUAGAAAGACAAUUGGUUCCAGCGCUGGCAGUGAGUGGCCCCAGCAUCCUGCCUCAGCUCGACGGGGAGCGUGAACCGGAGGAGCAGCAGAGCCCAGAGCAGCCUCCUGGCCUCCUAGACAGCAUCCUGUGGAUGGCAGCACCCAAGAAGAGACGCACUAUAGAGAUCAACCGCACCAGGCGGAGAUCUGACACCAAACUUAUAAAAGUCAAGAACAACGUUGAGCCGUGUCUGGAGUGUGGCCACUUAAAGCAGAAACACAUCAUGUGUGGCUUCUGUUACGCUAAGGUGUGCAAGGAGACGUCUAAGAUUCGGCAACAGAUAAAAGCGAUGGAAGGCUGUGAGCUUGGUGCGCCGCCUGUGGAGACUGUCGUCCUCUAUGAGGGUGAAGCUCCAAGUGAGCUGGACAAGGACAAGAGGAUCGUGGAGAGGCCCAGGAAGAGGCCUGCCUGGUUCAGCUAUUGAUCCUGAGAUAUUAAUGCUGUUUGUGAUGCAUACCUUGAGUUUGACAAACACUGAUUCUUGAUGUACUAAUAUCUGAGAACAUACUGUACUAUAUUAUUUUAUGUGUGAGUUCAGAGCUCACACAGCCAGGACUGUUUUAGUUGUCUUUUUUUUCAAGUGUUAGUCACAUUCUCGACUUUGAUACAUUUACUGUAUAUUUGAAUGUCUCGCAUUAAAUUCAAAAAUAUAAUUAAUAAAUAAACAAUAAUACAGCCAUGCAAUUUUCAGGGCAAACAUUGCAUUAGUUAAAUAAUUAUUUCUUUCAGUUGAAGGCGAAUGAUACAGUAAGAAACAUAUCUUUUAUGAACCGCACUCCGAAGUUAUUGGUGUUUGCAUCCUCUAUAACCUUUCAUUAGGACUCCAACUUAUACCACCCUCUGAUUAAAAAGUAGUCGCAAGCUGUUUGACACAAAUGUGGUUUUGUGUCAAACAGCUUAUCAGUCAAAGAUUUAGAACAACAUAGAAUCUGAUGUUUUAAGAUUUAAAACAUUUAAUGUAAAAUGUGUGCAAAUGAUACAUGUAUAAUGUCUUGUAUCAUUAUUCUACAUUAAAUGACUGGGCCUCCUCGAGAUGGAAAACCAGUGGCCCCUUCUUCUAAACUUGAAGACAUGCCUGUUUUUGUUUAUGAAUGUGCGUUUGUGUUGCCACAGCAACGUCCAUUAGUCAGGAUUCAGCAUCAAA